AUGUUCCAAUCGUUACGACUCAUGAGACCUAGUCUAGGUCGUAAUUAUUUGUUUAGCAAUAGCAGCCUUUUGUCACUAGCGCCAAAGAAUAUACGGCAAGCCAAAAAUGUUCUGUUCAACAGCAAUGUCCAAAUCUUACAAUCAUCAAUGAACCCAUGGCAAAGAAAUUUUCUUAAACAGUUUAUGAACCAACGAAUGAAACAAUCACCACUAAGUAGAAGUCCAACUUGGAAGAGCUAUAAUCUGUACUAUAAUAGAUCCAGCUGGGACAAGUUGAAGAAACCUUUACUAUUCACAGUGGCAUUUUGUGUGGGAACAACACUUUUAACACCUUAUUUAUACAACUACACACCUUUAUCUGUGCUCAAGCAACACCCUCAAGCCUUAGUUUGGAGUAUCAUUGCCAUAAAUGGUGCUGUUUUCUUAAUGUGGAGGGUGCCUCAAUUACAACGAUUCACAAUGCGGUAUGCCAUAUUACUCAAGGAUAAUAUCCAAUCACCAUGGACAUUGUUGUGGUCGGCUUUCUCUCAUCAAAGCUUUGCCCAUUUCUUUAUCAACAUGCUUUGUUUCCAGUCAUUUGCUGUGUCUUUGGUGGGAAUACUUGGUGUGUCCAAUUUCACCAUUAUGUAUUUAAAUGCUGCUGUCCUUUCAUCGUUUGCAUCCCUUGCAAUUCCAAUGGUUUUGGGUAGUUCGUUGGCGGUUGCAUCACUUGGUGCAUCGGGUGCAAUCUUUAGUGUAUUCGGUUGUUUCUCAUACUUGUUUCCAGCUUCGCCAGUUGGUAUAUUCUUUAUCCCCGUUCCUGGUGGAGCUUGGGUGUUGUUUUUAGGUACUAUGCUUUGGAACGCCGCUGGGUGUGCUUUGAGGUGGGGAACGUUUGAUUAUGCUGCACAUUUAGGGGGCAGUUUGGUUGGAAUUGCUUAUGGCUACUACUUUAACAAAAAGAGAAAAGAGCAGAUUCGUAGAAGAAGGUUGGUAUUGGAUUUUUAA